AUGGCCACCACCUCUAUAAACCACGACGCAAUUUUGAACUGGGCAGCAGCUCAGAUAACUUCAAUGGCUACCGGACUUUGCGAGAACUGUCACAAGACGCCGAAAUUCGGUACUCAUAAGUACUGCGGCAAAACGUGCGCUGCUCAGGCGGCCACUACACACCAACCAGCGCAUCGCGCGAAAUCAGGACCAACCCCCAAGGCCAAAGUUCCACCACCAGCCCAAAAAGCGGGACGGCUCUGCGACUAUUGUGGGCAAAAGCCCAAGUUCAAUAACUUUGAUUACUGCGGUAAAUCAUGCGCGUCGAAAGCCGCUACCGUUCCUUCUGCGCAGCCUGCUGCACAUGGACGAUCGGUUCCAAAGCAUGGCGUUCGCCUUCCUGCCACUGCUCAGCCUGCCAAAACUUCUAAACCGGCAACGCGCCACUCAGUUGUCACUGUGAUCCAAGAUGAGUCCAGCGAGGAUGACGAGUACGCUGACGCUGAUGAGGAGGCCGAAGACGAUACGGGGACAGGCACAGACCUGGACGCAUAUCCAUCAGAUGAUGACGAAGAACCUACUCCAGCUCCUCCGUCACGACCAGUCAAGACUGUGCACGCUCCGCUGAAACAAAGCGCAUCAGCCCGUCAUGUGACUGGUGUCUGUCUCGUCCCCAGUUGUGGAAAACCGUCUUUCGUUGAUAGAGGUGGGGUAAAGGCAGAUUACUGCUCCACACGGCACCGAGAAGAAGCAGUGACCCUCGGACUGGUUCCUGGAUGCAUCAUGUGCCAACGCUACCCACAGACUGGAACAGAUUACUUCUGCUCCGCCGCUUGCAGAAAUCAGUCCAUGACGAAAAUCUAG